AUGGUGUAUACGUACCUCAUUGUGGAGAAAAUAUUCUACAUGUUCAUUGCUGUCAUUGGAGUUCCUGUGAAUUUAGUGGCGAUUGUGAUCCUGUCCCGGGGGAAGUGCGGCCUCUCCACCUGCACUACUCGCUACCUGGUGGCCAUGGCAGUGGCGGAUCUACUGGUCAUUGUGGUUGAGGUCAUUUUGUAUCAGAUCAAAUUUCAUUACUUUCUGGGGAGUUUCCUGGACAUCACCCCCGUCUGCAGUGUUAUCGAAGUAAUGAAGUACGGAACCACAGAUUGCUCCGUCUGGUUCACCGUCACUUUUACCUUUGACCGGUUCAUCGCCAUUUGUUGCCAGAAGCUGAAAACAAAAUACUGCACCGAGAAAAAUGCGACUGCGGCUCUAACAACAACUGGCGUUCUGUUCUGUCUGAAAAACGUACCCCGUUAUUUUAUACAGGAACCCCGAGAAAUAAUCGACAAUGUACCAUGGUUCUGUGAAUACAAGGACAGUUAUUUCACUGACCCCGGGUGGGUGGGGUUUGAUUGGUUCGAUACGAUUUUAACUCCAUUCAUCCCUUUCGGUGUAAUUCUGCUGCUCAACGCCCUGACAGUUCGGCACAUUCUAGUGGCCAGUCGGGUCCGUAAGGGGCUGAGGGGUCAGGGCAAGGGGGAGAAUUACAGCGACCCGGAGAUAGAGAGCAGGAGGAGGUCUAUAGUUUUACUCUUCACCCUCUCUGGCAGCUUCAUCCUGCUGUGGACGCCGCUGGUGGUGUGGUUCAUCUAUUAUCAGGAUACAGGAUCUGGAACAGAUUACAAUGAUUCCAGGUCGAUCUCUGACAAUGUCAGCUUUUUGCUGCGGAAUUUCAGCUGCUGCACGAACAGUUUUAUUUAUGCGGUCACUCAGUCAAAUUUCAGGGAGCAGGUGAUCAGCGCGGUGAAAUAUCCGGUCACCUCAGUGCUCCAGAUCAUUAAUAAAGCUGUGACCUGA